GCCUGUGAAGGCAAGACGCUGAAAAUCGACUGUAAACCGGGCGAGCAGAUCAAUCUGAUCCGAGCGAACUACGGUCGAUUCUCCAUUACGAUCUGUAAUGAUCACGGAAACACCGAUUGGAGUGUCAUCUGUAUGGCGCCGAAGACUCUACGUGUACUACACAACAAGUGUAGUCAGCAACAAAACUGCAGCAUUUUAGCCAGCACCAGUAUGUUUGGAGAUCCUUGUCCUGGAACAUUAAAAUAUUUAGAAGCUCAUUAUCAGUGUAUGCCAUCAACUAUGUCGGUGACUACGAAACGUCCCAGCCCGCCGUGGCUGAUCACGUCGCAGCCGAGCGUGUGGAGCACGUCCACCGUGCCGCCUGCGACCGCUCGGGUCACGAGCACGACACCUAAGCCGCGACCGGUUCCCACGGCAGCUACGCCUGUCACCGUGGCAGAAGCUACGCCGACCGCUGCUGUGAUACCGACGGCGGCACCAGUUCCACCUACUAUGUCCAGAACACCACCGGCUCGGUUACAACCGACGAACAACUACCAGAAAGUUAUACCUUUGCAGUCACCAAAUGUAACGAAGGAAGUACCACAGGAUCAGAACCAUCACCACGAAUCAUCUAAGCUUGGCGUUGUUGCAUCGAAUGAUGGCGAAUCCUCCUCAGGGGAGCAGCACGAAUAUCAACCACCCCGAACUUCAGAUCCAUUCCAUUCAGGAGAUACGAUCCGAUAUAAUCCAGAAACCGCGAACCCGAAUGUUAAUACUGAAAACCGUGAUAUUUCUAAGAAUUCUGGCAUUGAGCAGCCUUCAUAUCAACAUUAUUGCGCACCCAAUAAUGCUCGAAAUUUAGUUUGGAAUUGGACUCGCGUGAAUGAAGUAAAAGUUCAACCUUGUCCAGGCGGCGCCACAGGUUUGGCUCGAUGGCGCUGCGUUCCUGUACCUAACAGAUAUUACAGCACUGCAGGAACCGACAAUACCGAAAAGUAUGCCACACGGUGGUACCCUGAAACCCCAGACUUGAGCGAGUGUCGAAGUGUUUGGCUAAAUAGUUUGGAGUCGAGAGUUAAUGAAGGCGAAUCGUUAAUUGCGAUCACUAAUGAUCUGUCGCAAGUGACUAGCAGCAAGACUUUAUACGGAGGUGAUAUGAUGACCACAACAAAAAUUAUUAAGAAAAUGGCCCAAAAAAUGGCUGUCGAUAUACAGACAUUCCCAGAUCAACGGCAAAGAGAAGCUAUAGUGACCGAUCUCCUUCAUGGAGUGGUAUUGACUGGAAGUAAUUUGCUAGAUAGUUCACAAUAUCCGUCUUGGAUGGAUUUGAGUCAUGACGAUCAGAUGCGAGUUGCAACAUCUUUGCUCAUCGGUCUAGAGGAAAAUGCAUUUCUUCUAGCUGAUACAGUUAUUAGAGAGAGGACUGUAACUCAAACUGUGAAAAAUAUACUUUUAUCCGUGCGUGUACUAGAAACUAGAAACAUUGGUACUGAAGUCUUUCCAUCAGCAAAAUCGUUUGACCAUUGGACUGCGAGCAACGAUUUUAUUCAAUUACCACGAGAAGCAGUACUGGAAAAUAGUGAGGGUGGGCUCGUGCGUUUAGUGUUUGUGGCAUUCGACAGACUAGAACAAAUUUUGAAGCCGCCCAGCGAGGACCAACUCCAAAUGGCGAAAGUAGCUGAUGGUUACCAGAAAAUGAAUGUAACACGAGUGCUUAACAGUAAAGUGAUAUCAGCUAGUUUAGGAAAAGGCCGGCACAUUCAGCUUUCGCAGCCUAUAAAAUUAUCUCUCAGGCACCUCAAGACGGAAAAUGUCAGUAAUCCAUCGUGUGUCUUCUGGGAUUACACAGUAAACGUUUGGUCCGAAGAAGGUUGCCGCGUCGAGUCCACCAAUCAGACCCAUACCACGUGCCUGUGUGACCAUUUGACAAAUUUUGCGAUUUUGAUGGACGUGCAUUCGACGACGUUAUCGCCGGCUCAUCAAGUCGCUUUACAGAUCAUAACAUACAUUGGAUGUAUAAUAUCAGUUGUCUGUUUAGUUUUGGCUAUCGUUACAUUCCAGCUAUUCAAAGGUCUUAAGUCGGAUCGAACAACCAUUCACAAAAAUUUGUGUGUUUGCCUGCUUCUGGCAGAACUAGUGUUUGUUGCUGGAAUAAACCAGACGGCUAUUCCGGUGCUGUGUGGAAUUAUUGCUGGCCUACUACAUUUCUUCUUCCUCUGUGCAUUUUCUUGGAUGUUCUUGGAAGGUUUCCAGUUAUACGUAAUGUUAAUUGAAGUAUUUGAGGCAGAAAAAUCACGUAUACGAUGGUAUUACACUGUGGCUUAUGGAGCCCCUUUUAUCAUAGUCGCUAUAUCAGUUAUUGUUGAUCCAUUCAGCUAUGGUACUCCUCGAUAUUGUUGGUUGCGUGCUGACAAUUUCUUCAUAUUCAGUUUUGUGGGACCAGUGAUGGCUGUUAUACUUGCAAACUUAGUUUUCCUGAGUAUGGCAUUAUUCAUGAUGUGCAAACAUGCUAAUUCUACUGUAUCUAUGAAGAAUAAAGAACAUUCUCGACUAGCCAGCCUAAGAGCGUGGCUUAGAGGAGCAGUAGUCUUAGUAUUUCUACUGGGACUAACAUGGACUUUUGGUCUAUUAUAUCUUAAUGAAGAGAGUGUUAUCAUGGCUUAUAUAUUUACUGCUCUGAAUUCCUUGCAGGGAAUGUUUAUAUUUUUGUUUCACUGUAUACAGAAUGAAAAGGUUUUGAAAGAAUACCGCAAGUUUAUCAGACGUCAUUCAUGGCUACCAAAGUGUCUUCGUUGCUCCAAGACGACUGGUUCCACAGGCUCAGGAUCAUGCACAGCAGGUGUGGGCAAUGCAUCAGCCGGCGUUGGGUCAGGAAAAGACUCCAAUAACCAGUCCGCUCCUAAUACGGAUAGCACUGGACUGACGGGAAGCGCAGAUGCCUCAGGAACGCAUCAGAGACACAAUCAGCAAACCCUUGUCAAUAGCAACAUUUCUUAUAAGUCCUACAGUCGUGAUUCUGGUCAUGGUGGAUCCGAGCAAGAAGAAUCACCUCGACUUCACGAGCUCUCCGGCAUUCCAGCAAAUAACAAAGAAGGCAGGGAAGGAAGGGAAGGAAGGGACAGUCGCAGGCACCACAUAAUAACACCGGCUGAAUAUCAUGCCACACCUGAAUAUAUGCAAGGGGGACUUCAUGCGCAAGUUAUCGGUCUGCCGCAGGCCGCCCCUCGACAAUUAGUCAACGGUGGGAUAUCGCGAAAAAGUUCGAGAGCCCCCUCCCCAUGGAACCAUAUGUAUUCAGAAAUUCGUGACGGACGACGCAUACCCGAAGACGACCCUGUUUACGAGGAGAUCGAGCGUGGCGAAAUGAUGGUCUCCGAUGUGAGCGACGACGAUAUAAGGCGGCAGAGUGAUAUGAGUCGUCAAUCAUCGCGUUCCUACGGCGAUCAUCGGCCAUUGAUACCUUACAGCCCUGUCCAGGGGCCGGUCCCCGCCGAACGGUCAUCAACCAAACCAUGGAAUUACGGACCGACCGCCGAACAGGCUCGUUCUUUGGCCGCUGUGCUCGAUGGGGAUACUGUUGUUUGCCAUUUGGAGCCACAGGAGUUGUACUUACGUGAUUCUUAUCAUUCUCGAACGAUAAUUUUGCCUCCCUAUAGUGAGUGUUAAACUUUUCUGCAAAGUGCAUUUAGAGAACAUACAUUCAAGUUAUGUGCAAUGUAUUAAUACCGUUUCUUGUUCUAAAGAUAGGUUUGUUUUACAUGUUUUUUGUGAUAUUUAGUAUGUUUAAACCAGAAAGUAGUGUAUGGCAUAAUAUUGUAAUUCUAUAUGCAAUGGGACAUACGAUGAACUUGAUUAAUUAAUAAUUAUGUGUAUUAUAGACUUCAGUGUGCUAGUUAUAUAUAUAUAUAUAUAUAUAUAUAU